CUUUGAAUUGACGCAGCCUCGAGAAGAGUCUCGAGGUGCAGUGGCUGUAGACGUGUGCUGCAUGUGCAGCUGUGGAAAGUCUUCACCACGAAGCAACCGUGGGUCAACAGUACGGUCCACGCGAGUAACGAUGCAUGUGUGGGAACCGUCAAGGCAGACUAAGCGAAUGGAUCCGCAUUUACACGUGUCAUACUUUCUAUAAAAUACACGCUCACUGCAGCUGGUCUUUUGAUUAUGGUAAUCUAAUUGCUCCCUCUGGUGUUCAGCUGUCGGGUAGCCUUUCAGCCGCUUCCAAUUGACAUAACAUCCCUAAAACAAGUCGAGCGGUCCAUUUGCAGAUAAAUCAAUGGGAUUGUUAGUAGUACUUAAGCAUCACAGACCGCGACAGUGAUGCUUAAGUAAAGCAGUUUUACUGUUUAUUUUUUUAGUGAAAUACAAUGAGGUCAACGAAGGCCUGACCUCUGCCGUUAAAGAUGAAAUAGAACAGAAGCUGGGCUGAAGGCUGUGGGGCUCCGAGGUGCUUAAACUGCUGUUACAGAGUUACGAAUGCAUCAUUUCAGGAUUAAUCUUUAGGUGCAUCCCUAUGAUAUUUAGUUGGUGUGAACAGUGACUGCCUCCUGCAGACUCAGUAGCCUAGUUUCAGUUCUUUAUCAGUACAUUUGGUUUUCAUUUACACGACAGACCCUGAAGAUCCCCUCAGCACAGUCUUUCCUGAUUCUUUAGCUUUCGUGUUUGUAGUCUCUUUAUUUGUCUAUUCAAAAGAUGAGUGGCUAAAGUAGUGAGCUUAUGAAAACCCCUUGUGUGCAAGUCUCAUCCCAAAGGACUCUUAUAAUAACAGCCAAAUUUAGCAGGUUCAAGGCAGCUCAUUUCCCUUAGCCCGCACAAACACUAUGUGCGCUCCGCUGGCUGACGUAUGAAAUGUGAUUUCCUUGAUUCAUAGAAUAGGAUACGGUAAAAUGGGAGGUGUUGGAUGUUUGGCGUUGCCUCAGUGAUGGAUGCUCCUUCGUCUCCAGAUCAGUCCUGAAGCCAAGAUUGAAGAGCCCGUCUCUGGUUAUGGUGCACUUAAGGACCGAAUCCAUUUACUUGCCACUCUUUCCCUAGGCCAACCCACUCCUGCGUACCUAUUUUAGGAAGCAAUUAAAGUAAAAGAAAAAGACUUGCAAGUGCCAAGAACAUCUGAUUCUGGUUCAUAACCAACAGGUUGAUUGAUAGCAUCCUCUCUUUUUGAUUUACCCGUGUCAGAGUGAUGUAGGGUUUCUUGGCCGCACGUCCGUGUCAGACCGCUGUAUUUCAUUCAGACGAUUCACAGGCCCUGUGAGAAGGUGGCCCAGUGACGAAGUCCACAGUGACGAGAGGUGAAUUUAGUAAUCAAGGGGCCGACGGGCCCCUCCUCCCAGCUCGUAGAAGUAUAAAUAUAUUGAUGGGUUGGUUUUAAGGGAGUGGACAUCUAGCCUUGCUCGAAGGAGUGCUCACAGUGCGAAAUUCGCUUGACAUUACAUUGAAUGCCAUGGACAGGGUUACAGCUGUGAGCUACUGUUUAGGACUCCUGAGUUUGUUUCUACUGCAAGGCGUGCUCAAUGUGGACGGGAGGAGCAUAUUUAAUCCAGGGAACCCUGCUUUUAGUCAGAAAGAAGACACAGAUUCCCAGAGCAAAAUUCUGGCACUAUUACUGCACAAAAGCUUAGUCCCAGUGGAAAAGGAUGAUCCUCUGGGUGUUGAGCUGGCUAAUAAAUUAGCUGAGAUCGAGGAGCUGAGAGCGCUGAAGGAGGACCUGGAGCUGGAGAGGAAGAUUGCAGCUAAUAUGGUAGAAGGCAAAUCCAUAACAAGGAAACGCGGAGAACCCUGCUUCUGGAAGUACUGCGUCUGAGACGGAUGCAAGAGGAGGACGACCACUGUGAAAUCUUGCUGCAAAGCCCAACAUAGCCUUAAAACUCAGACUAGCAGUAAUAUAAUCAUACUGUAUUUAUCCCAGCAAUAUAGAGUUGUAACAUAGUUGUUUCAUUAAUAAAGGUUUCAUUUCACCGUGGCUUUACAUCUAGAAUCUGUAAAUAAUAAUAAUACUUGAGGAUUACAUAUGACGAAACAUUACACAUUACUUUACUUGAGUUUUCUUUGCAUGACACUUGUGUUUUUGUCGCCCUCCUGUGGUAGA